AUGCAUUGUCUAAUUCUACUGGCCCUUUGCUGUGCUUUCUGUCUGGCGCAGACGCCCGGAUGGAACUUGUUGUUUGGAACAUCUAUUUUGGAUGAAACUCAAAAGGAACCAUUACAAUUCGAUAAACCUGUGCCGAAAUGGAUAAAAGGGUCUUUGAUACGUAACGGACCUGCGCGAUAUGAGAUGGGCAAGCGUUCUUUCCUGAACCUGUUCGACGGAUUUGGAAAACUAUAUUCUUGGCAAUUUCCUGGCAAUGGGUCCGCUUUUUUUACUUCAAGAUUUGUACAGAGUGAUUGUUACAACGAAUCAUUAAGAAUCAAUGACAUUGCGCCCUAUCAGACUUUCGAUGAUCUCGUACCGUCCAUGGGGUUCCUUGAAAGGGAGCUGUCAUUAUCUCACGGUUUGGACAACAUGAAUAUUAAUGUAUAUAACUACUCGGGAGACUGCGUGGUUCUCAGUGAUACUUGGAAGUUGUACGUAGUGGAUUGCUACACGCUAGACACAAUACGUCACAGCAUGCCAAACAUUCCGGGAGUUGAGACAGGUUUCCCUUUCGUAAGUGUAAUGUCCGUGGCACAUCCGGUACGAGAAUACGGUACAAACCAUCACCUGACCAUUUUGCAGAGUCUUAGCAUUAUACCAGGAAUGCCUCAUAAAUUUACCCUAGUUCGAACAAAGUCUGCAGAUAUUCGGGAAAAAAUUGCCGAGUGGAAGGUGAAAAAGAUGCCUUACUUACACUCUUUCUCGACAACUGAACGAUACGCCAUUAUCUUCGGAUGCCCAUUUUACAUGGAUAUUGAAAAAUUGUUGCAGUAUUCUUUUCCCAAAGAUAGCAUUGCUUUUCACGCAGACGAACCUACCAUUGCAUACAUCGUAGACCUCAAAACAGGCAGUGUGACAACGAUCGAAACGGAAAAUGUGUUUACAAUGCAUCAUGUCAACGCGUACGAAAUGGACAACAACCUCCUAUUGGAUGUCGUGUCUUAUCCGGACGCUUCUCUUGUGUCGUUCUUUGAAAUGAAUAAUUUAAUGAACAAGACAAAGCGCGAUCGCGUUGCAUUUAAACCUUCUUUAACACGGUACCGGAUUGACUUGAAAGCCCAAAAAAUGACACCUAUUACAUUUGACACCAAUCCCAGUAUUCCUUUUGCCAACAUGCUGGAAGUCCCCACCAUAAAUGAACAAUAUCGAUCGAAACACUACUGCUAUAUUUAUGGUGUGGUUUUCAAAAGUGACAAUAAGGUAUGGGGAAACUUUUCUUUCGUGAAGAAAGACGUCUGCAACUCCACGGGAGACCUUUCGUGGUCUCUCCCGGGUCAUUAUCCGAUGGAAGGCUGGUUUGUUCCGGAUCCAACCGGAUCGGCAGAGGAUGAUGGGGUCCUCAUGGUUCCAGUUUUAGAUGGAAAUCUGGGGAAAAGUUAUCUUAUAAUUCUUGAUCCUAAAACAAUGAAACCUAUCACAAAGGCGUACUUACCUAUCAUCGUCCCCUUUCAUUUUCAUGGACGAUUUAUUGAGAAUGUAUACUAAUAUGGGAUCAUCUCUUUGCGCGACACAUUUAUCAUCUCUGAGAAUUAUUGCUGUUUCAUUAUAUAAAUAUGGUAUAUUUCAUUGACCAUGAAUUCAGAAUGCAAUAUUAUUUUGACACUGUGAUUUCUCUAAAAUGAAUUAACAUUGUUUGGACUAAAAAUCAUGAAUAA